UUUGCGGUUGCCGGAUCGGAUCGAUCGGAGCGGGCGGGAAAAGUCCAGCGACAGUUUCGCCAUUGGCCGUAACUGCAAUUAUCAUACAUUUCCUGGGAUACAAACCGCAGAAUCGCAAUCGAGUGGAGAGUUCGGUGCUUUACAGCUUUGAAGAGUUAGUGUAUGUGCACGGAGGUCAUAAGGCAUUAGUGUUGUCAGCCUUGUGCUGCUACUGCAGGUCAGUGGUUGUGUCCGCGCGAGGAAAUCACCGGUGGGUUCCAGGAGUCCUCGGUGUAGUGUACUGCUGCGCAGCGACAGCUGCAAGCUUAAGUUGACCCGUGUUCUUCGUUCGCAGUUUUCAUUCAAUGAGGUGGUCAUUGCAUUGUGGACGGAUAGCUUGACAGUAUUGGCAGCUAGGCUGAGGAGUGUGGUACAGGCGUGUACCUCGGGGGGUUGUUCCAGCUGCAUUUAUUGUCAGUUCCAAAGACGUGCUAGAAGUGGUUUAGUUACUCUCGUCAUCACGACCGGGACAAGGUACCAAACGGUCGAAUGUUUCACGUCUUUCAAUGAGCGAGGGAGUGCACGCUGAUGGUGCCAGAUUGAGGUCGUAGAGAGCGCGUAAGGUGUGUACGUUGUGCAGUUCCGCUACAUCUUGCAGGUUGUAGAGCGUAGUUCUUUCCGAAGAGAGUAAGAGUUAGGUUAUCCUAGCAGUCGAACCUAAUGCUGUUCCGCCUAGAUAUGUAGCUGGAGUUCUCGGAGGGGUUUGUGUCUAAAUUUCGGGGUUAGAUAUGGCGUCCUUCACUGGCGACACUGGGGUACUGCAUAUUCCGGCUAGUUCCCCAUAUCGUCGCGACUAUCAGCUUCGGAGCUGUUCGAAGACGGAUACAGAAUGUGAUACGAGUAUGCCUCAAUCACCAUGGCUUCCACGUACGGAGACUUUCAGUGAUGAAGAAAAUCUAUUUAGACUUUUUGAGUAUACUCCUGUGGGUAUCAACCGAUCCAAUUUCAGAAGCGGUCCCCUUCCUGUCGCUACGCACGGGAUGAGAAGAUCUUACAACAGCGGCCCUCUUCCUUACUGUCAUAGUCCUCUUCCAUCAUACUUCGGUGGUCCUCCUUCUAAUUUUAACACGAUUGAACGUCAAUUGAGUGACAUUUCCUCGGCCGGAAAACCUGAAGUUGGUUCUAGAUUUAGAGAAGAUGAAGAAGAUGCAGAGAUGUCUGCAGGAGAGGGCGAGGACGACGAGGUUGAUGGAGUAAGAAAUGUGCUGGACUCAUCUCACCUUAGCAAGACAGUGGAGAAUUGCUCGCCGUCGACAUUGAGCUUGGGUGCUAUGUUGGGAAUGCCGAGACCGAAUGAUAAGUCUCGUAAUCCCGUUAGUGAGAAGAUGGGCGUUAACUACGAGAAAACUGGAGUUUGUGGAGGAAGCAAGAGUGGAUCGCUUGCUGAACCGAACAAUUGCCCUAAUAGAAUCAAUCAGAGGACGGGGACCAGAAAGCAUGGUGCAGAUGUGGAAGUUGGUGCAGUAGCAGGUGCUCUCAAGCAUCAAUCAUCAGGCUCUACAAUCAGAGAGACUGCAAACAAUUCUAAGAACGAGAGCUCCAACUCCGGGUUUUCUAUGGUGGCAAUUCCAUUCAAGUGGGAGGAUGCUCCUUUCUCAACAAGAAGAAAUGUGGCGAAGAAGUCUCACUUGCGCAUAUCAUCAUCAAGCCCAGCACUGUCAGGACUGAGCGUAUCAAAGGCGGAAGAUUUUCAGGUUAAUGACAGCCACAAUCUGAACGGUAGGUCGGAACAUCUUACUGAAAAUGAAGCAAGUGGACGAGGGGACAAAUUAGCGGUGGUUCCUAGUAGAAAUCCUGUAGCUACUGCAGCCGCGAAAUGCUUAGAAGCAGCAUCAUCCCCGUCAGAGGUGGAUGGGUCGGAGGAAGUCGUGUGCUCGGCCGUCCCGUUCAAAUGGGAAGAGGCGCCUGGGAAACCAAAGUUGGAUGAGAGACCUAGUCCUGAGGCGGCUCCUGCUCUGCAACUGCCACCAAGACUUGCCAGGCUCAACAUUAUGAGAGGAAAUGCACCAACUAGCAGGAGCCACAGUAUGUCGGUUGUGUUAGCUAACCGAAGUUGGACCGCAGGCCGUACUUCAAGUGCACCGGCACCUGCUUCGUCUCCUAGCAUAAAAAUCCUCCGUCUUUUGCCGAAAGAAACACAGUUGCCACUGCAGUCGUCGCCGGGUGAAGUUGAGUCCAGCCACACACGUCCUGCCGCUUUUCGGUCUUGUCCGUUGGAUAAAACUGGAAGACCGCAUAAUCUCCCCCCUAUGAAGAAAGCAUCAGGCUCGCUAUCGGAACAUAUUUCGCAAUUCGGGUCAGCACAACACUUGAGCGGCGAGUUCUCCUGCGACUCAUCCAAUGUGUGCAACACUGUUCGCUCUCCCACGAGUACACUCUGCGGACCUAGUUGUGAUGGCAAUUCAAAUCCCUCGCCCCGCUCGGACAAAAGCAGUCGUAAGUCUCCUGUGAGUGGGAGCUUCUCCUCCAACUCGCACUCUGUCGAGUCGUUUGAGGCCUGGUCUUGUGGUGAUCAUUCCAGUCCUACAUCCAGGCAUAUUACCAUUCGGGAGACAGAAGUGCAAGGUACUCCGCGCUAUGCUUCUGUUGGAGGGCAUGAUGAAGGUGAAACUGGCCAUGGCGGGGCAUUAGUCAGGGUGCGUAGUAGGUUGAAUCUGAGCUCGUCGAGUUCAAAACCUCCACUUAGCCCAACCUGCGGGAGAAAUGUAUAUAUUCCUCGUUCUGUAGACAGCAGUGAUUAUUCUUCUCACGGAGAGGAAUUUUACGACUGUCAUGACAUUAAUGAGUUCCCGCGGUCGCCUUCUAAACCUGAGGAAGAGGUUGAUCCCCCGACACGAUUACCAUACAAAAUGCCUUCUCCUCCUCGGGAAGUCUCAGUAGAGCCCGAACUUGCCUCACCAACGAGUGCUUUUCCAGAAUUCUCGAAUUGUCUCGCAUUUCCCAGACUUCUUUCCAAGACUUCUGAAUCUGUGUCGAAGGCGAAGUCAUGCAUUUGGGUGGCAAAUCCCUCCUCGGGCUUGGAUGCGCCAUCAAAUUCCAUGGAAGACGGAGUCAGGUCUCCAGCAUAUAAGGCCACUUUAGAGCUAUUGUCGCCCUUACCCAACCUGUCGAAAAAAAGCGGUUUUCGAAGUUCAAAGCUUGGGAGUUCGAGCUUGCGGCAACGUCAACCGCAUCUUGUUGAGGCAUUCUACAGCUCACUGAAGCAAACAAUUCAGAGGUAUAGAAAGCGCGGCGUCGCAAAGACACAGUCUAUUGUUCGCAACGACGAAUUCGCAAGGAGACACCAAUCAUUCAUGUGGUGAAAUCUUACCAGAUUAAUUCUGAAGAGGAGUAUGUAUGCGUUCUUCAAUCUUUCUCUUCGAUUGAAAACACAAAUGUUUGCCUGGAUCAAUUCAACUUCACCAGCACAUACUUUUCGAGCGCCCUGAAUUGGAUUGUCUAUGUGUUCGCCUUCGAAGGUGAACACCAUCUUUGACAGAUUCGGAGUUAAGCAUGCAAUCCUGAAAUUCCUCGAGCAAUGCCCUGCUCUCGAAGCUGAUAACCUGGUUUUGAUGCUGUUUGCCAAUUCCUCCCCGCUUCAAUUAUCCGGUGUACACCGACGGUACUCUUGAUUGUUGCGAGAUUCUUAUGAAAUGUUUCGUCACCGCGGCAUACUUAGCUGAGAACAUCGAGUGCUGUAAUAUAGACCACAUAGUAAAUAAUUAGAGAAAUUUCAUGUAGUGCCGUCCUCUGACUCGGGGGACAGAGCACUUUUUUGAUCCAGCAAGAUAGGGAUGCACCAUGGGACCUGCGUUUUCAUUACGAUGGUCCACAUUGAGUGCGUAGCUUCCGUGAGAGUUAGCAGUCAACAGUACACCAAAGUCACUGCGAGUGGUAAUCUACCUCGAGCCGAAUGUACGCUUGAGUUGAGAUGAAUACCAUCACCGAAAUCAUAUCUUAACUGCAA